UUUCUUGACUCUGGUUCGUGUUUCAUGAUGUUUUGCAUAUAAGUAUGCAUAUCCCAUGAAUUGCUUGUAAGUACUUCUCCUGCAUUUGAUUGUAUCAGACAAUCUGUGAUUGAAUCCUUCCUCAAAAUUUCCUCAUGGUGUUCAUAAUUCCAACGCUUCUGUCCAUGAAGCUCCAACCACUUUUGCUGCUUCUUGUGAUGUACUUCUGUGCAUUUGCUGCUUCUUCUGAGAUUGCUUCAGAAGCAAAUGCUUUGUUGAAGUGGAAAUCCAGCCUUGACAACCAAAGUCGUGCUUCUCUCUCUUCAUGGAGUGGCAACAAUCCUUCCAUUUGGCUCGGAAUUGCAUGUGAUGAGUUCAAUUCUGUUUCCAACAUAAAUCUUACAAAUGUUGGAUUAAGAGGUACGCUUCAAAAUCUCAACUUCUCAUUACUUCCAAACAUUCUCACUCUAAAUAUGAGUCACAACUCCUUGAAUGGAACUAUUCCUCCUCAAAUUGGUUCCUUAUCCAAUCUCAACACUCUUGACUUGUCCACUAAUAACCUCUUUGGUAGCAUUCCCAAUACCAUUGGUAAUCUCUCCAAACUCUUGUUUCUUAAUCUUUCUGACAAUGAUCUCUCUGGUACUAUUCCUUCUGAAAUAGUACACUUGGUUGGUCUUCAUACAUUGCGCAUAGGUGAUAAUAAUUUCACUGGAUCCCUUCCUCAAGAAAUAGGUAGAUUGAUGAAUCUGAGAAUACUUGAUAUUCCUCGGUCCAAUAUCUCAGGGACUAUCCCAAUCUCAAUAGAAAAGUUAUGCAAUUUGUCUCAUCUAGAUGUCGAAAGCAACGACCUUUCUGGCAACAUUCCACUGAGAAUUUGGCAUAUGAACCUAAAGCAUUUGUCAUUUGCUGAUAAUAACUUCAAUGGUUCCAUCCCCAAAGAAAUUGCGAAUUUGAGGAGCAUCGAGACUCUCUGGCUUUGGAAAAGUGGGCUUUCUGGCUCCAUUCCCAAAGAAAUUUGGAUGCUGAGGAAUCUAACAUGGCUUGACAUGAGCCAAUCCAGUUUCAGCGGGUCUAUUCCUCGUGAUAUUGGGAAGUUAAGGAACCUAAAGAUUCUUCGUAUGUCGAAAAGUGGCUUGUCUGGCUCCAUGCCCGAAGAAAUUGGGAAGUUGGUUAACCUCCAGAUUCUAGAUCUCGGAAAUAAUAAUCUUUAUGGCUUCAUUCCUCCUCAAAUUGGUUUUUUGAAACAACUUGGUACACUUGAUUUGUCUGAUAACUUUCUCUCUGGUGAAAUCCCCUCUACAAUUGGAAACUUGAGCAAUUUAUAUUAUCUUUACUUUUAUGCUAACAGUUUAUCUGGUUCUAUUCCUGAUGGAGUGGGAAAUCUCCAUUCACUUUCCACUAUCCAACUGUCGGGCAACAGCCUCUCUGGAACAAUCCCAGCUUCCAUAGGCAAUUUGAUCAAUUUGGACUCCAUGCUCCUUCAUGAAAAUAAACUCUCUGGAUCAAUUGCUUCCAUUAUUGGAAAUUUGUCAAAGCUUAGUGUAUUAUCUUUAUACUCAAAUGAGCUCACUGGACCAAUCCCAGCUUCCAUAGGCAAUUUGGUCAAUUUGAAAACCAUUUACCUUGAUGGAAAUAAACUCACUGGAUCAAUUCCUUCAACUAUUAGAAAUUUAUCAAAUGUCAGGAAAUUAACAUUUUUUGGAAAUGAACUUGGUGGCAAGAUUCCAAUAGAAAUGAGCAUGCUUCCUGCUCUGGAAAAUUUGCAGCUAGCUGACAAUAAUUUUAUAGGCCAUUUACCUCAAAACAUUUGCAUUGGUGGAACGUUGAAAAAUUUUUCCGCUGAUAAUAACAACUUCAUAGGCCCAAUUCCAGUGAGUUUGACGAAUUGCUCCAGCCUUAUAAGAGUGAGGCUUCAGAAAAACCAGCUAACUGGGGAUAUAACAGAUGCUUUUGGUGUACUUCCAAAUUUGGACUACAUCGAUUUGAGUGACAAUAACUUUUAUGGUCAACUUUCACCUAACUGGGGAAAGUUUCGUAGCCUCACAAGCCUCAUGAUCUCCAACAAUAAUUUAUCAGGUGUGAUACCACCCGAACUAGCCGGGGCAACCAAAUUACAACGACUUCACCUGUCCUCAAACCAUCUUACAGGAAACAUUCCACAUGAUUUAUGUAACUUGCCCUUGUUUGAUCUCUCACUCAACAACAAUAAUCUUACAGGAAAUGUUCCCAAAGAAAUAGCAUCAAUGCAGAAACUUCAAUUUUUGAAGCUUGGAUCAAAUAAGUUGUCUGGCUUAAUCCCAAAACAACUAGGAAAUUUGCUCAAUUUAUUGAACAUGAGUCUGAGCCAAAAUAAUUUUCAGGGAAAUAUUCCUUCAGAGCUUGGCAAACUGAAAUCUCUUACGAGUCUUGAUCUUGGUGGAAAUUCAUUGAGAGGAACAAUACCUUCAAUGUUUGGAGAAUUAAAAAGCUUAGAAACACUGAAUCUCUCUCACAAUAAUCUUUCAGGUAAUCUCUCUAGCUUCGAUGAUAUGACGAGCUUGACAUCUAUUGAUAUAUCAUACAACCAGUUUGAGGGUCCACUUCCAAACAUUCUAGCCUUCCACAAUGCUAAAAUUGAAGCAUUGAGAAAUAAUAAAGGCUUGUGUGGCAAUGUCACUGGCUUGGAGCCUUGCUCAACAUCAAGUGGGAAAUCUCAUAAUCAUAUGAUAGUAAUUUUACCCCUUACUUUGGGCAUUCUAAUACUGGCAUUAUUUGCUUUCGGAGUCUCGUAUCAUUUAUGCCAAACCUCAACGAACAAAGAAGACCAGGCUACAAGUAUACAAACUCCUAACAUAUUUGCAAUAUGGAGUUUUGAUGGCAAAAUGGUAUUCGAGAAUAUUAUUGAAGCCACAGAAGAUUUUGACGACAAACAUCUCAUUGGUGUUGGAGGGCAAGGAUGUGUUUACAAAGCAGUGCUGCCUACAGGUCAAGUUGUUGCUGUGAAGAAACUCCAUUCAGUUCCAAAUGGAGAGAUGCUCAAUCUGAAAGCUUUCACAUGUGAGAUCCAAGCUUUGACAGAAAUUCGACAUCGUAACAUUGUAAAGUUAUAUGGGUUUUGUUCACAUUCACAAUUCUCAUUUUUGGUGUGUGAAUUCCUGGAGAAUGGCAGUGUCGAGAAGACUCUGAAGGAUGAUGGACAAGCAAUGGCAUUUGAUUGGUAUAAGAGGGUGAAUGUUGUUAAAGAUGUAGCAAAUGCUUUGUUCUAUAUGCACCAUGAAUGCUCACCUCGAAUUGUUCAUCGUGAUAUAUCAAGCAAGAAUGUUCUUUUGGAUUCCGAAUAUGUAGCUCAUGUCUCAGACUUUGGAACAGCCAAGUUUCUUAAUCCAGAUUCAUCCAAUUGGACCUCAUUCGUAGGAACCUUUGGAUAUGCUGCUCCAGAACUUGCAUACACAAUGGAGGUGAAUGAGAAAUGUGACGUGUAUAGUUUUGGGGUCCUAGCAUGGGAAAUACUUUUUGGGAAGCACCCUGGUGAUGUUAUAUCUUCUUUGUUGGGAUCAUCUCCAUCUACUCUUGAGGCCUCAAGACUCGAUCACAUGGCAUUGAUGGAUAAGUUGGACCAACGUCUCCCUCAUCCAACAAAGCCAAUUGGUAAGGAAGUGGCAUCAAUUGCAAAGAUAGCAAUGGCCUGCUUGACUGAAAGUCCACGAUCUCGCCCUACCAUGGAGCAGGUUGCCAAUGAGCUGGUAAUGUCAAGCUCCUCUUCAAUGGAUUAGCUCUACAUUGUCACUUAUAUAUAGCUGAAAGAUUGAACUUAAUAAACAUGCUUGAGUUGUAAUUGUUCUUUUCUAUUUUUGUAUUGUAUCUU